CUUAUGCACUGUACCUAUACCAAUGCGGUAGCUUCCAUACAGCAACGUGUCGUGCACUUUAAUUUAUUUCAUCUCGCUUGUCAAUAAAUACAAAGAGCAGCUAUCUAGUAGAAGGCAAAGAUUGUUGCAUUUGUUCUUAUUUUAAAUUAUCCGAAAAUGAUGAAGAACUACGUGUCCGCUUUGCAGAAAUCAGCCAAACUAUUGGGUCAUUCAACAGGUCCUACAUCAACCAUGGUGAAGCAUCUGACCGCUCGUUCGUUGUGUUCUGCUGCUAGCAAGUAUAAUUUUGAAACUCUCAAACUGUCCACGCCGCAACCAUUCGUGGUUCACGUGGAACUGAACCGCCCGGAUCGGCUGAAUUCUUUCAACAAGCGCAUGUGGAUUGAAUUGGGUCAAUGCUUCAGCCAGCUGCAUGAUGAUCCGGAUUGCCGCGCCAUCGUGUUGUCCGGUGGUAGUGCCAAGCAUUUUACGGCCGGCAUCGAUCUGCUGGACAUGUUGAAACUUGGGCAACAGCUCGGGGAGAUCGAAGACACCGGUCGGAAGGCACGACUGUUUGAAGGGCUGAUUAAACUAUACCAGGACUCGAUCAGCUCUCUGGAACGCUGCUACAAACCGGUGAUAGCGGCGGUACAUACGGCAUGUGUUGGUGCUGGUGUUGAUCUUAUUACAGCCGCCGACGUACGGUAUUGUACGCGCGACGCCUGGUUCCAGGUGAAAGAGGUGGACAUUGGAAUGGCCGCUGACGUGGGAACACUGCAACGACUACCGAAAGUGAUCGGCAGUCAAAGCCUGGCCAGAGAGCUGUGCUUCACGGCGAGGAAGUUCAAGAGCGAUGAGGCACUUGCUUGCGGUUUUGUUUCGAACGUGUUCGAGUCACGCGAAGCGAUGCUGAAACAAGCGAUUGAACUGGCAACUCAGAUGGCUACUAAGAGUCCGAUUGCGGUGCAGGGUACCAAGAAGAAUAUGGUGUACUCGUUGGAUCACACCAAUCAAGAGGGACUGGACCAAAUUCGAGAGAUGAACAUGGCCAAUUUGCAGAGCGAAGACUUCAUUAAUGGCGUGAUGGCUCAACAGAGUAAAGAUUCAAUGCCGGUGUUUUCAAAAUUGUAGACAGAUAAAGAAAUAGACAUAUUUUUGGGGAAUUGGGUA